UUUUUUGCACCGCAGCCAGGCCGCGUUCGUACAAGCAACGCAAGCAAAACUGUACGCUUCCAGGGGGAGCUUGCGUAGCCGGGAGGGAGAGACCAGAGAGUUGAGAGCAACGUUGCCCAUAGAACAGAGUUGACCGGAGUAGAGAGCCAAACCAAUGUGUAGCACAGAAGCCGGCGUGCAUUUGCCCAGUGUUGGUGUUCGACAAGAGAGCACAGCGGAGAGGUAGCUCAGAAUGUAGACUGCAUGCAUUCCUGAAGCGGCAGAUUUCCCAGUAGAAGAGAGUCAACGCGGUUUAUUGCUCGUGCGACAGAGAACGGGGUUCGGCAGAGUGCGACCUGGAAGGUAAACGCGGCAGUGGAGCACAGCAGACAGCAGUCCAGAGACAAACGCCCGCGGGAUGCAGUUGAACGGGGGACGGCGGUAAUGGUGGUGGUGGUGGUCGAUUGUUGGAUUCUGAAUGCGGCUCAAACCGGCCCCGCGAGUGCUCCAAGGUGCGCUCGUCAUUCCGAUGUAGCCGUGGAUAAGACCGGUUGGGUUCGGAUCUCGCCGCCGCCACCACCGCCUCCCAGCGUCAACGCGGCGGAACGCAUCGAUUUCUGGACGCCCAAGGGGAGGCGUGGUCGGUGCUUUUGGUCGUAGUUGUUGCAGUUCUAGUCGUGCUGCUCUGCUGCUGCUGGUGGUGGUGGUUGGCUGCUGGUGGAUCGUGCGCGAUUUACAACCUCAUCACACCUCCCCCCCCACUCUUCUCGAGACAAAGGUCAAAGUGCGUUUGUCUUCGUCGGAGGCUCUCGACUUCGCCGCGCAACUCCUGCCCCGCUCGGUGCCACCUGCCGCGGGGCCGACACGAGGAGGAGGACUUCAACGCCACGCGCUCGAGGGAGCGGGGGGGGGGGGUUGAGCAUUCGUCAGCGAGACGUGCAGGGAGUCGGUCAAAGCGACCCCCCGGGGGGGGGACGUUGGAUGCGAGCGACUGUUGAGACCGUGCAGCCGGGGAGACUGGAGAUUGACUCAGAGGACUCACGCCGCACAUACUUUGUGGAGGUGGUGGGGGGGGGGGUACAGCAGGGGGGUUCAUUCGGACCUACAAGAAAGAGGAGGUCUGUAAGAGGAGAGUGGACUCAAGCUAAGAUUCACGGAGAGAGAGCGCGAGGUGUGUGAGAGUUGGGGGUUCACUCUGACCCCACCACUCCGCCUCGAGAAGGGGGUUUAAGAGAUCGGGUUCAGUCAGAGACCCCCCCCACCUGCUCCCUUAGAUUGGGGAGGUUGUGAUAGUUGGGGAGGGCUCUGGAUCGGGUCUGCUCCUGCACGGCAUCACCACCACCAACAUCACCACCAACAUCACCACCACCAACAUCACCACCACCAACAUCACCACCACCAACAUCACCACCACCAUCGUCGUCAUGGGCUCCAUGCGGAGACCCAAAUACCGCAGCUCGCCCAACCUGCAGGGCGAGGUGUUCCGCUACGACCUGGCGCCGUGCCUCCAGGAGGAGCGCGCCUCCCUCUCGGGGCAUCCGCAGCCGGGAUCGGAGAUCACCUGGGACAGUGUACAGGAGCGAGUCGUGGCCGUGUUUUCCCGCAAGGGCCUGAAGGACAACGAGCUGUUCGUGUUGACGGAGAAAGUCCGGCAUUUAUUGAAGUCUCACGUGGGCCCGCUCAUUCUGGACUAUUUUAAGAUGCAGCUCCUGACGAGGGGCAUGGUGAUCCUGAGAGAGAAGCUGCGCUACUGUGAAGGUCAAAAGUUGCUGGACACCCUGGCGGAAGUGUGGGAAUAUUUCUUCGGUGAAAUCCUGCCGACCCUCCAAGCCGUGUUCUACCCGGUGCAGGGCAAGGAGCUGAGCGUGCGGCAGAUGUCCUUGCUCGCCUUCCGCAACGCGAUCCCGCUCAAGCUGAAGCUGGACGAGGCGCUGAUCCGGCCGCGUGCUCGCGUGCCCCCCACCAUCGCGCAGAUGCUGCUGGUGCUGGAGAGCGUCCACGAGCCCCAAGGCCCCACGAGCGAGUACCUGCAGCUGGAAGCGCUGAUCCCGCGCGUCGUCUCCUCGUACCUCGGCACGUUCGGCACGGUGCACGCCGGUGGGGAUCUGGCCGAGCACUCGGUGUGCCUUCUCGAGAAGCGCUUCUCCUGCCGUCCUCCCAAGACCUCGCAGCUGGCCGGCUCGCCCACCGUCAAGAGCGCACCGCCGCGCUCCUGGAGCCAUAACGGCCACCCGCUGGGGCCUCUGCCGGAGACCGAAUGCGACACGGGGGCGGCCGCGCAGAUCUCCUCGCCGGGGGACGGCACUGCCGGAGACCCCAACCGCGGGCCAACCCCCGGCGAGGUCGCCCGGGGCCCGGACGCGAUCGGCGCCGUCGUCCCCGAUGCCGUCGUGCAGAGCCUCGUGAAGAGCCUCAGUGAGUCCGAGAUCGCCGACAAGCCGACGGCCAAGCUGGAGGCAUGCUGCUCCUUCGCGCAGGACCUCAAGUCGCUGGAGAUCUGCCGCGCCGAGCAGAGCGUGUCGGUGCCCGACCUCCUAGUGCCAUCCUUCUCCACCGCCCAGCAGGAGCAGCUGCUGGGGGCCUUGCACGAGCGGGCGGCCGACCACCUGGCCAAGGGAUCGAGCGCCUCCGACGCCGCCUUCCCGGGCCUCUCCGAGCUCCCGAACUCCGCGGGUUCGCGAGCCGCGCCCGGGGACGCGCGCGAAUACGGCGGUGGCGUCGCGGGCGGUAGCGGCAGCAGCAGCAGCGAGUACAGUAGCCUCGGCGUACCGGAGGGGGGCGGCCGCAAGUCGCCGUGCCACCUGCACCAGCGCGAGCUGAGAGCGGCGGGCCGCGCGCUGCCCUACACGGUGAGCGAGCCCAUCCUGCGCGGCGGCCGCGGCGGCGGCGGCGGCCGCGAUUUGGCGGCGUGCGCGCGCGACGGCGCCCUGCGGAACUUGGGACUCGAGCACGCCGAGUUCCGGGACCUGUGAGGAGUGACGGCGUGAUGGCGCACGGCCUGCGGCGCUGCUGCCAGUUUGCGAGUUUAAAGCGAGAUGAAACUCUCCCUCCCUCCCACACACACACCACGCCCCAGCCAAAACAAAUUACGCCUCUUAUCUCAGAUAUCUGUCCAGGCUGUGUGCUCUGGGUUGUUUGAAAUGAAGAUUUUUUUGCGUAUUUGUUUAUUAAAAUUUUCUGUGCGCUGUGUAUACCAUUGCAUACACAGUAGGAUUAUAAGCAGUGCCAUUGGGAACAAGGCGAUCUGUGCACCAGCGUAACAUAAUGUGUUGCUUAUAUUAGAACUGUGCUUAUAUCAAACUUCUCCUGUCCCAGAGCGACGCACCAGCUCCUUCAUGGCACCCCUGUGGUGGCACUGUAUCGUGAAAUGAUGAGGUCCCUGAGAGUCGAUUCAAAGUCGGCUUGUUGGUUUUUUUGUUGUCUCAUUGAUGAAGCUUCGAGCACAGCCAUUGUGUGUGUCGCUUCAAGAUGAGAGCGGUUCGUUGUUGGGUUACGUCUCCCGCUGUGAAUGGCCCGAGUCACAGAAAGCCACAAGUGACCAGCGGUCAGCCUGAAUGGAUGGACUUUGAAAGUUAUCACGAUUUAAUGAUGAAUUAUGCAUUUUUUUUUUUGCUCACGACGGCUCGCGAGCGUCCUCAAUAAUUUCACGAGUGGCGCAGCUCCCCCGACGCGUUCCCCUCGGGUUUGUCCCGCGCGUCGUUCCGCACCGCGUCCGGCGUUUUCCCGCGCGCGUGCCGGGACCUUCUCCGGGACACCGAAUUCCUCCGGUGGAACAGCGGCGCGGUCCGAGUCCAGGCACACGCCACGGGAGAGCCGUGCGUACUGCACGUCCGCGGGAAACUUACCGCAAGACACAACAACGUGAGGGGGCAGUCCCAAGGCCGCCGUUAACAUUAUUAGGCAUUUCAAUCGCUUCUUAAAAAGGAAGACUGGGCAUCUGCGGCGUCGAAAAAUAAACGUUUAUUCCUGAGAAAUAACCCCCGCCUCCACUUCUCCGUCCUGAGGCUGCGUCGCUCGGCAUGGUGGGCUACGUACGGUGUGAAAGAAGUUCAACAUACACACACUCCUACUGUACCUAAACACAAGCCUCCUGCCAUACAGGAAAUCCUAUCACCGGUGGGUGGGGUGUUGGGGGGGUAAAGGCAGUUUAAGUUUCGUUCUGUCUCACAGUACUGAGAACUGAAGGGAUGCAUUCACAUUGUUUUUCAUAACCGUGUCUGAGCAGAGGGCCCGAAGUGCUCCCAAACUCCCGAUCGACCAGCAAACAAACGGCAGCAGAAUCUUAAUUUUGUGCUGGAGGAAUGCGAUGAGCUCCAAACGCUCUUUCGCGUCCGGUCGACAAUACGUAGUGAUCUGGCGCACGCGCGCUCUGGACACGUAGCAACAUCUCUGUGAAUCCACUUUACGAUCGGGGCGUUAUGUUGAACAUACUUCACCACGCCGGUCGGUGUGGGUUUGUGAAGACGUGCUAUCGUGUGCAGUACAACAAUGUGUUUUUCCGCACUGGCCUCUGCCAUCACACCACGCAGCUCCGCGUCAUGCAUGGCGGUCGUCCAUCCAAGCGCUAUCCAGGCUCAAGCCGGCUUGGCUUUCAAAAUCUGACGAGAUUGAAACGUAUUCCAGGUGAUGUGGUCACAGGCACGAGACGGAUACUUCAGAAUAAACACUCCCAAUCCCAUGCCAGGUUUGGGAUUGUCAUUGUUUAGGUAAUCGGUAACACCACCAGGAAUGCAAUGUAUGCUUUGUUGAACUUCUUUCGCACCCUACGUAAGCAACCAUGCUCAUCAGAGUUGCGGGGAAGGACCACGCAACAUUUAAUUCACGAAAUCCCGCUUGCUGUAAUCAAGGAAUGUCGCAAUGAAUCUUAAGACACUAUUCGCGAGGAUUCCUCCGAGAGGAGCUUUAUUUGGCGUUGGGGGAGAAAACUUGAGUGCCCAGGGGGCAAAAAACGGAGGUCCCCACAGAUGGGUUCACAAACCCACUUCCUGUCCGAGCCGCCUCCCAAGCCCGGCCGGAUGUGGAGCGUCGCAAUUCAGCGUGAUCCACUGACGCUUGCUUCCAAAGCGCUGACGCACAAGGCCCCCCCCCACACGCUGACGCAGUGUCGGUAACUGUUAUCGCUCCUGGGCCUCCCCUAGGUCGACUCGGCCUCAAACGAGCACGACGAAAGGCGGCCGGGGCGUGGUGCUGGCCACACCGCCCCCUCGUGUGUCGUGCCGGCCUUCAUAGGGUGCUCGCUAGCAGCACUUGCCCCAAGUCUGCUAAGGCUGUAUGGGGGGGGGGGGGGUUGUAAGGUUGGGGCUAUAUGUCGACGAUUGCCCUCGACUGGAUGUUGGUGGAGGUGGCCGACUGGUGAAUUUGUGCGCUGCCAAUGUAAUAAUUCGUGUAAUGAGUGCACCGAGAGUAUUUGUGUUUAUAAAAAAAAAAUGCAAUGUGUAUCGUGUAACAAUUACUUUAUAUUCUCUCUGCAUUCGUCAUCAUCAUCGUCGUCGUCAUCAUCAACCACGAUCCAUCCACUGCCGAAUGAAGGCCUCCCCACGACAUCGCCAACCCGCGCGGCGGUCCCGUGACGAUUCGCCUUGCUGCUGCUGCUGCACGUGCACCGAUUUCACCGCUGCACUUCCCCGGUGUCGCUGCUCUGGGUCGCCUUUUCUCUGUUCGCUGCCAAUCCUUCGCUCGUCUCGUUCAUUUGCCGUCAUCAUUUCUAGCCGUGCCCCUGCCCCCCAGGUCCGAUAAAUUACUUUAGCAAACACCAAACUGAAACCUAUUGCAAAGAAUCGUGUCUGCAUGAACCACAUAUACUUUUGAUGAACAUGCAAACAAAAAAAACACAUGCUCUAAUAGUAUAAUGAUGCAUUGUCUUUGUGCUGUUCGCCUUUUAGCGUCCUCUGGUAUGACACUGUUUGAGACGAGGCUCUAAAGGAAGCUGUCUCUGGUGUGGACCAAUCAGUUUCUAAUGCGUGGUUAAUGCAGACAUGGUUCCUUGCAAAAGGUUUCAGUUUGCUGUUUUAACAUCUUAACACAACUGUUUUAUUGCCAGAAAGGGUAACACCUAUUCUUAUAUUUUGAUACCGGCAAGGGAGGUCGCAUGUUCUUAUGAAGGCCUUGGUUUUCUAGAUAUUUUAUGACUAUAUCAGUUUGCACUAAAUCAACUGCCUUUUUCAUAGUCUAAAAUUCUAAGAGCCAGGCAUUGUGGCAUGUUUAUAUUAAUGUGUUUUUUUCGAAUGUGAAUGAUAGUUUGUAUGUAUGUAGCAAAUGGUAGCAAGGGCUUUUCAAAAUCUAACCUGUUCAUGUGUUUGUACAUUACUCAGUUCUCCAAGAAAGUCAUGGACUAUAUGUGUGUGUCCGCUACGCGUCCGAUAAGUCUGAAGUUCUUGAAAUCAUUAUUGUCUUUUAAAACUGACAAACGCUUCUAGGAUUGAGGUGCUUUAUUUUUGUGUAAACAUUCUCUCUCUCUCUCGUAAUGAGAUGGCAACAUUUACAAGGGUAGAUCGAGUCUUUUUUUUUAAUGCGUUUUUUUAUUUGUGUGAACAUAGAGCGAAAAUAGUUCCGCUGAUUUAUUUCAACAGCAGGUCCCGCUUCUUUGAUGUUGUCCAGACAUAUUUAUUUCCAUUUUUCCAUCCCAUAAAGGGCCGAGUUAACUUCUUUGCGCGCGGCGUCUGGAACGUCCUGCUCUCUCUGAACAAUGAUCUAUUUAGGUAGAAAAAAAAAAAAGAAUAUAUCACAAUAUAUUAUUUAUUUUAUUUUUCAACCUAUUUGACUUUACCGAAAGAACCAAAGAGUAUGGAUUCCUGUAGUCACGAAAGCUUCAAAUCAAUAAUUAAUUAUCUAUUUCCCAGGGUACAUAAUUUUAUUUUUUAUUAUACGGAUCCGCGCAACAUUUCUCCGCCAGUUUUAUGACGCGCUCUUUAUCGUGCAUUGCUGGUUCCGGAACGUUCUCUUCAGAGUUCUGGAGCCCGCUGUAUACGGAUCUGUGCAUCAUAACACACGCGGUGAUAGUCGACGCGUUUCUCUAACGUCCGUCCGCCUGUGUGCGUGCGUGCAUGCGUGCGUAAAGCACGUCAAGGUUUUCUCGUUAGCCCAAGAACUGCCACAAUUCUAAGAACCGCAACUCGCCACUUGUGAUGCUGAACCACAAGACGACAGCAGGAAGCCAGCCCUUUAUUGGGUUGGUUGCGCGUGGCUUCGCCGACUCGAAACAAGAGCGUUCAACUUUGCAAUGGCGUAGGUAAAAAAUAAAAUUAAUAAAAGUAAUAAUAGAAAUAAAAUUAUAAUUCACGACGUUUCGGAGGCAACACAAGUCUCCGUCAUCAAGUUAACUUGUAUUUAAGAACUUGUUACUUGGAAUUUUUGCCUCACUUGAUACAGCAAAUCUAGCUGUGACGGUCCCACCUGAUGACGGAGACUUGUGUUCCUCCGAAACGUCGUGAAUUAUUAUUUUAUUUUAUUUCUAUUAUUACUUUUAUUAAUUUUAUUUUUAUUUUUUUACCUUCGUGACUUUACCGAAAAAACCUAAGAGUAUGAAUCCUUGCAGUCACGAAAUCUUCAAAUCUAGAAUUUGCAACGGCGCUCUGGCUUCUGAAACCUUCAAUACAUUUUCAAACUUUCAAAACGUCACCGCAGUGGCCCGGGUCGGUGACCGACGGUCAUUUAAACCCAGAGCGAACCGGCGGGAAGUUAUUUUAAGGAACGCGGCACAAAGCAGAUGGCUGCAAUUACUGACAAAUGCCCUUCGCCCGCCGCGAUUUCAUUUCCCCGCCGACUUGUGGCUCGUAAGGGAGACGCGGAUUCACGAUCGCCUCUUGACUGCUUCGCCUUCGUUCUCGCGCUGCAAAGCCGGCAACGGCCGGUUCGGCGUCGAACCGGUCGUGGCUUGUUUCCCUGAAAUGAGUCUUUGGCUGCCGGUAAACUCUAUACAUUCUCGCGGAGGCUACGGGCGUGUUUUCUUAAAGCGUGUUUUUUUAACGGGUCAGAGGAGUCGGCCGACAACUGAAUAAACUAAGGCGCCACAAUGGGACAUGGUUGUCGUAGUUGAGAGAAUAUUUUUUUUGGAGGAAGAGUUCCGUGUGAGAUCGUCAACACUGAUACCGCAGUGAGGACGAGGGUCCUGCUGGAUGGGAUGACGUUUGCACUGGUGUGAGAUGAGAAUUAUAUUAUUUUAUUGGAUAAAAAGAGGGGCUUGUAUCAGAUUAAAUGAGAAUUGUGUUUGGUAUUCGACAAGGGUUCCGUAACAGAUGAGACGAGGGUUUUGU